UUUAGUGUAUGGGAAUAGUGUAAGCUGACGGGUAUCAAAACAUGAUGAUAAAGUGACAAUUUCAUGAUUAUUGCAUUACCUUCGUUAACAUAACUGUAAUAGAAAACUGCAAAUUAGUGAUGCAGUAACGUAAAUAAAAACAAAAACAUUGAUUUAAAUAAGAUAACGAUAUUUUUACUUCAUUUUUGAAUAAGGAUAAGUUCGUUACAAUCAGUGGGAAAUGUUAAACAGCUUAUAUAAAUAUUUGUUAAUAGUGCAUAUAAAUAUAACGUAUGUGGAAAUCCUCUGAGUAUUGAUUACUGAUUCUUACACGUAAUCAUAUCGUUGGUACAGAUCAAACAAUUUCUUAUUGUUACAAUGUCACAAGCCGAUACUACUACUGCUUCAGUAUCUAAUAAUCAAAAUGGCGCAGUGGCACAUAAUAAUCGUACUUUCACUGGUGUUAUUGGACCAGCUUUAAAUAAUAAUAAUAUGAAUACUGCAAGGAAUAAUAAUAAUCAGAAUCCAUUAUUUAAUGUGCGAGAUAGAUUAUUUCAUGCAGUUUUCAUCAAGGCUGCAUUAGCUUAUGCACGAACAUUUCCGCGACCUGUUAGAAGAUUUAUAGAGUUCAUAGUUUUGUUAAAAGCAAUACUGGCUUUUUUUGUACUCACUUAUAUUCACAUAGUAUUUUCGCGAGCACCAACAAAUUGUUUAGAACACAUAAGAGAUGAUUGGCCACGAGACGGUAUAUUAAGGGUAGAAAUUCUUAGAAAUGGAGGCGAAGAUUAUAGCAUAGAAAAAAGUUAUGCGAAAGAGGAAAAGUUACGACAAGAAAAGAUCGAUGAUUUGGCUAGUGAUUUAGGGAUAUUGACACAAGAUGGGUUUAUAAAUAUCGAGCCAUCUUCUGUCGAUGAAGGGCAAGAAACAAUUCAUGUGUCUAAUGAAGAUAACUACGAAAAUGUUACUUUACCUAUAAAAAGUGUGGACAUAACGAGUUCAACAAUUUUUGGAGAAACGCAAUAUCCGAAUUUAAGUACAACGAAUGCAACGAGAAGCCCGUCAUUAAAUGGAUUUUUAAAUGGAUUGAAUGGACCCGGGUCAGAGACAUCAAUUAAACAUAUGUUAGACAUAUUACAACUGAUAAAUGUACAACAGGAUAAUGCAACGCUGGAACAAGAAUCUGAUAAAGACGAAGUGAUUCAGCCUUUAAAAGAUCAUUCUGCGGAUGUCGAGAAAGUAUCAAGAACAGUACUUCCAGAGGAUGGAUAUAUUGUGGAAUAUUCCUUGGAAUAUGGCUUUCUGAGAUUAUCACCUGCUGCACGACAAAGAUUAAAAAUACCAGUGAAAAUUGUUACGUUGGAUCCGGUAAAUGAUAAAUGUUUUGGAGAUGCAUUUUCAAGAUUAAUACUGGAUGAAUUCUUGGGUUAUGAUGAUCUGCUAAUGGCAAGUAUUAAGACAUUAGCAGAGCACGAAGAUAAUAAAGGUUUCUUAAGAAAUGUUGUAACCGGUGAACAUUAUCGUUUCGUUAGCAUGUGGAUGGCAAAAACUUCGUAUCUCGCUGCAUUUUUUAUCAUGCUAGUAUUCACCGUGUCGAUAUCGAUGUUGCUUCGUUAUUCUCAUCAUCAGAUCUUCGUUUUUAUCGUGGAUCUCCUACAAAUGUUGGAAUUCAACAUGCCGGUGUCGUUUCCAGCCGCAUCCCUUUUAACGGUGAUUCUGGCAUUGGUCGGUAUGGAAGCAAUAAUGUCGGAGUUCUUUAACGACACCACCACUGCAUUUUACAUCAUAUUGAUAGUUUGGAUAGCCGAUCAGUACGAUGCUAUAUGUUGCCACACGGCUGUUACGAAAAGACAUUGGUUAAGAUUCUUCUAUCUGUAUCACUUCUCCUUCUACGCAUAUCACUAUCGAUUUAAUGGACAGUACAGUAGCCUGGCAUUGGUGACAUCUUGGCUGUUCAUACAGCACUCGAUGUUGUACUUCUUCCAUCAUUACGAAUUACCGGUGAUACUGCAGCAGGCACAAUUGCAACAACUACUCCUACGCAAUCCACCUCAACCGACUCAGCCGCCGACGCCUAGUACGGCGCCAACGACGCCUGGACCGUCGCCCACUACGACGCCAUCAUCUAGUCCGAGUCCGUCGACACCAACGACCGAGCAGACGCAACAAAAUUACAUCGCCGAGUUAUCGCAGUUAGAUCCUGAUCCUAAUAACGUUCAGGAGGAUGUCGUUGAACAAAUCUCUUCCUCAACCGUAAUAGAAUCUACGAGCGAUGAUCGGCAAAGCGGGAGAAUGUUUAAGGUCAUUUCUGUACGUUCAGCGAUACAUUUGGAGGAGGAAACGAACGGGACGAGUGAGGAAACUCUCGCAGAAUUUUCACCAACCUUGGAAGUUGGAGCGAUGGAAACUAUGGAUGGUGGUUGUUCGUCGGUGGACACUUCGAUGUCUGAAGGUUUCGAGGUGAUCGAGGCUACCGAAGCUGGCCGAAAGGAAAUGACGAUUACAUCAGCAACAACAGAAACAACGACAACGACGACGACAACGACGGCAACGAAAACGAUACCGACGCCGACGCCGACGCCGACGCCGACACCGACGACGACGUCACUGACGUUGUCUUCGACGGAAGGGGAAGAUCAUUAGAUUUGAUUUGAUUUGAUUUGAUUUGAUUUAAUUUGCGAGUGCGAAUGUUGCAUGUUCGACGUCGAUUUUAAAAUUAAGAUAUUGAAUACAUACAACAGAUAGGAUUUAGUAAGGAAGAUCAACAGAGAAAAAGAGAGAGAGAGGGAGAGAGAGAGAGAGGGAGAGAGAGAGAGAGAGAGGAAUUAAGAGAGAGAGAGAGAGAGAGACAGAGGGAGAGAGAGAAAGAGUGAGAAUGCAAGUAUGCUCGUAUAAUUUAUUGUCAGAACAUUAGGCCAAAUUCGAUCCAAAUUUAGACGUACAUAUAUGCGUGAGAAUAAGGAUGUAAAGGUUAAAGGAUAAGGAAGAUAGGAAAGAACGGGAAAAAGAAAAAGAAGGAGAGAGAGAGAGAGAGAGAGAGA